CGCGCACACUCAUAAUAUGUACUAGCUACUCCAUCCAUUUGUACAACUACAAGCGCAGGAGCAUGUCAGCCAUCAAAGCGAAGGCCGAGGACGCCGCUUCGUCCGCCAAGGCCAGCGUCGCCAAGGCCAAGGCCACUGCUGACGAGAAGGUUGAGAAGGCCAAGACGAGAGAUCCGUUGAAGAAGCGGGAGGCCGAGGAGGACAAGGAGGACCGUAAGCUGCGGAUUGAGUCGGACGAGCGAGUCGAGAAGGCCGGCCACGGCCCCGAGAGGACCGUCACGCACACGGCCGGUGAGCGGUGAUGGAUCGGACCUGUUCGUAGCUACUAACGUCAACGUGUGCCAAAGCUACCGCCGUGAGGGCGCUCGCUGCCCGCGUGGAGUCGUUCUAAGCUCUAAUGCCCGAUAUGGGUACCCAUCUUUCAGCAAACAUGUCAGCGUCCUCCGUUUUUUUGGUACAUUGGAAUAGUAUAUAAUAAUGAGUGAAAUCUUGGUUUAAUUCAUGUGAAAUUUUGUGAUCGUACUG